AUGAACAAUCUUCAAUUUCUGGAUUUAUCACGCAACAACUUCAGUAACUCGAUUCCAAGUUGCUUGGGAAGCAUGUCUAGACUAAGAGUGUUGAACUUAAGAAGGAACAAUUUCACUGGGAGUCUUCCCCCGUUAUGUGCGAAGAGCACUUCAUUGAGUACCAUUGUCUUGAAUGACAAUCACUUUGAAGGAACUCUGCCUGUGUCGUUGCUCAACUGUAGUGGUUUAGAAGUUCUUGAUUUGGGGAAUAACGCUAUAAAUGACACAUUUCCUGCUUGGCUAGGAACACUUCAACAACUGCAGGUCUUAAUAUUAAAGUCCAAUGUGUUCCAUGGACCAAUUAGUACUUGUCAGACUACACUUUGCUUUCCCAAGUUGCGAAUUUUUGAUCUUUCACGUAACGAAUUCAGUGGCUCUCUCCCUGCAAAAGUUUUUGGAAACUUCAAGGCAAUGAUUAAAUUAGACGAUGAAGUCUCAGGAGAGAUCAAGUACAUGAAACCAUCUGAGAUGCCAUAUGAUGAUUCUGUGAGUUUGGUGAUCAAAGGCCAGGAUAUUGAGCUAGAAAGAAUCAGCACAAUUAUGACAACCAUAGACCUCUCGAGCAACCAUUUUGAAGGUGUCAUUCCAAAAACACUAAAGGAUCUCAGCUCACUUUGGCUACUCAAUUUAUCCCAUAACAAUCUCAUAGGUCAUAUUCCAAUGGAAUUGGGGCAAUUGAAUAAGCUUGAAGCGUUAGAUCUCUCUUGGAACCGGCUCACUGGAAAGAUUCCACAGGAAUUGACAAGGUUAACAUUUCUGGAAAAGUUAAACCUUUCUCAGAAUGUUCUCAUUGGACCAAUUCCUCAC